ACCUGCAGAGAUUUAUUGGAGUUGUUAUUAAAUGCCCAAAUGAUUUUAGUCAGCUCGUGUAUUGUAACACAUUUGAGGGUUUUAAGGGUUAACUUUUCAACAGCAGCUCCAGCCAACCGGGUGCUCGCGCGCUGUUCGAUGAUUACCGGGAGCCCGAGGGGAGGUGCAUAUAUUGCGCGCAUCAGAAGAGCAGUCAGUGCGCGAAGGAGACUUCACGAGAGCGCUGCGUUAUUCAAGGAUACUAACCUGGGAUUGUACAACCACCUUUCACUUUUCAGCUCUACACGAAGUGCACGGACAGCAAAACUUAGUUAUACCAUAACAGCGUUGAAAAUCCAUGCGCAUAUUUGUUAGUUGCUAUAACACUAUUGCGUUGGAAUUAUAACUUAUAUUGACUUGGGCAAUGCAAAACGUUUGUGUAUUUGGAUUGUUUAGGCUUGGACAGCCAUGACGACCUUUUGCAAGUUAAAUCACGUGUGAGAUCCAGUACAGGACGCAUUGGACCAGCACCAGGUCUAGGGUUCUCCUAUGUAGACUUGAGCUGGUGCGCGGGUUCGUUUAAAGGCAGAUCUCUUCAAGGUAUGGUUCUGGACUCCUCGCGCUCAGGAGCGACUCCAAGGCUCCUACGCUAUUCAUCUUUCUUACUGGGUGGAAAACUGACAUUGGAAGGAGAUGAGAACCUUAUUCUGCUGCUUUCUGCUCCUCACUUCGCACCUCCUGCCAGCAGCUGCUGAGAAGGAAUUCGCAAUCCCUCAAGAUUUCAUCGACAGACUAUCGCACAGUGAAAUCAACAGCAUCAGCGACCUCCAGCGGCUACUGGAGGUAAAUUCCCCAGGUCCUGGAAAUGAGGUGAUUGAGGAGGUCAAACACAGGCACCGUCAGAAGAACCAUCACCCAUCUCACCCUGCUUCCUCGGAUUUAAAGAGUCUCCAAAUGUCCCACAGACGAAAGAGGAGCAUUGUAGAGGAGGCGGUGCCAGCCAUGUGCAAGACAAGGACAGUGAUCUACGAGAUCCCUCGCAGUCAAGUGGAUCCCACGGCUGCAAACUUCCUAAUAUGGCCUCCUUGCGUGGAGGUGAAACGCUGUACUGGCUGCUGCAACACCGGCAACAUGCGCUGUCACCCGUCCAAAAAACACCACCGUACUGUCAAGGUGGCAAAGGUAGAGUUUGCAUCCCGUAAAAAAGCAAAAUUGAAGGAGGUGCUCGUCCGGUUAGAGGAUCACCUUGAAUGCGUGUGCACGUCCCAGCAUCAUGUGACAGAGCAUGUGGAAUCAGACACAGGCCCACGCACAGUUAAAAAAGGUAAAAAACGGAAACACAGUAAGCAAGCAAUGGCGCCACAGAUGAACAAGGACGUUCAAUAAAAAGUAAAUGUUUCCUAACACUCAGAGGACCAAAAUAUCCUGCAGUAGAUAUGAGGUGAAACCGUAAUAAACGCCGAUCGAAGGACAUCAGUGGCUACGAACCGCUCCGUCACACCUGAGACUUUGACCUCUGACCCAUCUCUGUUAUAUAAAGAUACUGUAUCCAGAGGAACUUCAAAAAUGGCAAAAACAACACCAAAGGUGCUUUCUACUCCUGCUAGGAUGUACUCUGUCAAACACUGAAGACGGCAAGAUAUGUAUUCAGUUAAUUAUUAAGUGGUCACACACUGGGCAGAAACGAUGAAACUGACAAGCAAGACAUUUGUAUCGUUUCUUUGUCGUUCACGCGAGAAUCUCUUAAAGGUCAAAGAUGUAAAUGAAGAGGAGCCUGUUGAAGAACACUACGUUUUUUAAAAACCGUGAUCCACACUCUCGGGCUCGGAUCCACUCGAGUGGGACUACAGAUGAUCUCGAGGAAUGGAUUCUAUGAACUCGAGGAAAGAGGAAAAACGCAUAAAGGGAUGUUUGGACAAAGCACAAAUGUUGUCAUAUAAUCUUGCUAAACAGAAUACGCUAUUAUCUGCGGAUCUACAUCCCUCCGUUAGCCCUCCUGGGUCCAGAACAUUAAGUUUGACUGCCUGUCCAUGAAUAAAGAAAGACUUGAGUAUAUACAGUACAGAAGGCGAAGUGUAAUGCAGUACCAGAAUAAAGUAUUUAUGUAUGUGAUCUCUAUCUCACCCUCUCAUAACCUCUCUGUCUCUAUGUCCAGUGUAAGAAGGACUCCUCCUCUUCGAUGUACGUAAAAGCAUUAUCAGUACCAUUUUCUCAAAAUUUCAGCUUUAUUGUUGCAUUUUUUACAGCAUGUCACAAAACUAUCUUUUUGUCUGUGUAAGACGGUUAUGGAAAGAUGCUUUAUUUUUGUUAAAAUAUAUUUAUAAUGUGUACGUAGAAACAAGCAGGAAGUAUGUUUAUGUAUAUUUUUAUUAAUUGUGGUGUAAUGGUGCUUAACUCUUUCCCCGCCAUUGACGAGUUAUCUCGUCAAUUAAGAGAAAACGCUUCCCUGCCAAUGACGAGUUUUUACGCCAAUCCAUAUUUCUGCUAUUAUCCACUAGGUGGCGCUUCUACCCAACUUAUAAAACACUGAAGCAUCCACGGAUCAAAACAUUUUUGAUUAGAUUUUUUUUUUAAGCAGACGUUCUGUUUUUUUCAUUUGAAAUAUUGUAUGUUUAUAUAUUUAAAGAAGAACAUUUUCUGGAAGGCAUUAAACUUUUGUGGAAAUCAUAAAAAAUUCUGGCACAGGCUGGCAACUUUUUUUUUUAAAGAUGCUGGCGGGGAAAGAGUUAAUGUGAUUUGCCUGAAGAGGACAUGUUCCUGAAUCAACAUCCUUGUUGGUCGUCCCACGACAUUUCUAUCAACCAAUCAGAUUGUGCAGAUGUACAGUAGGUUAGCGAUGUUCUUGUCAACCUGAUUUAUUUCUCUGAUUUUUAGAGGUCACAAGGUUGAGGUUAUAAAGACUCGUGAUUUGUGCUGUGAUUGUUUGAUGGGAAUGUUGUAUAAGGAGCAACAAUCAGGAGUAUGACUUGGCUAAAAGUUAUUGUACAUGUCAUGGUUGCAAGGAACGGGAAGGAAUGCAUGGUCUUGACCUUGAUGCUAAAGAGAUGCUACACAGCAGGGCUAGUCUGUCUGGAUCCUGGAGGCUUGCUGUCCCUAAAGAGUUUAGCUCCAACUCUAAACCAAUGCACCUGAAGAAGCGAAUCAAAGACCUUGUCCCAAAUGGUGCCCUAAACACUCACAACCUUCCUAGAAGUCGGCACUUUAAUGACGUAAAGUCUGCUGUGAAGCUUGCAAAAGUGCAGGCUCUGGAAAAAAGUGACCAAUAUGACCAAAAAUGGGGUGCCCAUGAGCUCCCCUUUGAAGCCUAAAAUGACAAAUGGGACACCCUAUGUGGACUCACUCGUCCACUUGAAGUGCGCCAUUUGGGGUGUAGCCAAAGUUGAGAUUGACAGGCAGGUGUGUUGGGUUGUUACUAAACUCUGGGACAUUGGCCAUUCAGGACUGGACUUGACUUGCCCUCCUGUAUAGUAUCUGCAGUAUGGCCAUUGUAGUAAGUACUAAAGGGACCAUCUGUCACAUUGUUGGUUCAUUAUUUUCUAUUACUCACAAUAACCUGCAUACACACAGACAACGCAACUAGACAGUAAACAAUUUCCUUACGUAUAAAGCUAUGUAACAAAUAAAAAGAUCUGACAAAUGAA